AUGUCUACAUUUAAUGCUAAAGAAUUUUGUGAAAAUCCUACACUUGAACAAUUAGCCGAACCUAUUAAGAAAGAUGAUUGGCGCUUUAUUGCUCAAUACUUCUCGGUACCUCAUUCGGGUUCAGCAACUAAGAAAGUAAUUAAGGAACUAGUAUUAGAAAAUCUAAUUCAAAGAGAAUUACUUCCCUCUGAAGCCACUGAUUCUUUAAACCCUCAAGAUCCCGAACUGCUUGACGUUAGAGACACUUCCAUGCUGUCUGAUCAGAAAGAGGAGUCUUGGUCCACUGCUCGACUAGAAUUUGAAAAGUAUGCUUUUGAUUUAAAACUUAAGAAUCUACCCCUUGUUCCUUCAUUUCUUGAAAAUGAUCCUGAUGGCUCAUUCCGUAACUUUGAGAAAACUGCUGAACACUUUAAAUGGCCCUAUGCUGAGUGGACUUGGCUUCUCCAACCUAAAUUAAGCGGUAAAGCUGCCAUCACCUUUUCAAAUCUUGAUUGCAUUGAUGAUUAUGAAUCCAUAAAACAGUCUAUUCUUGAUGCUUAUGCAAUCACACCUGACGGCUACAGACAAAAGUUUCGAAGUCUUACUAAGUCUCCUCAUGGUACCUUUGCUGAAUUUUUUACUGAGAAGGCUAGAUUGUUUAACAAAUGGCUAGAUUCAACUUCAACUAAAUCUUUCUCACAAUUAAAAGAACUUCUUAUUUUAGAAGAAGUAAAAAGAAAGUUACCCUUCGAUAUCCUUAAGCAUAUAGAAGAUAGGGGUGAAACCGAUCUCCUUAAAGCAGCACAAAUAGCUGAUUCAUUUGCGCUUUUGAAAAGGUCACAGCUGGGUAAGGUAGACAAGGUUAGAUUUUAUGUACAGUCCUCCUCUGGUGAAAACCUUGGGAAUGGUGGUAAAGCUGGCAAAAUUGCACCAUUAAACUUUUGUUCUUAUUGCAAGCGAGCAGGUCAUACCAUAGACAAGUGCAAAGACCCAAAGUGUAGAAAGUCUGGUAUAAAUGUAAGACCAUUCAUAAGUCCAAGCAUCCAAGCUUUUGAACCAAAACCAGUGGCAAGUGUGACAAAUGUAAACUCUCCAGAUCCAUUCAGUGAUUUUAAAUAUCGGGGAACUGUCUCUCUUGAUUCAAUGAGUAAAUCAUAUCCCAUACUCAUCCUUAGGGACACUGGAGCUGCUCAAAGUAUAAUUCUAAAGUCUGCUUUACCUGGAAUUGAGACAAAAUAUACAGGUGAAAAAGUUCUUGUUAAAGACUUGACUUCCAAAAUUAGUUAUAAACUAGCAAAUAUUUUUCUCACUUCUGAUUUUGUAUCAGGGGAAAUAAAGAUAGCUGUGACAGAAAAUAAUUUUCCAAUAGAGGGAAUAAGUUUAAUUCUUGGACAUGAUCUAGCAGGGAAAUUAGUGUACCCUACAAUUAAUGUUGUUGUUAAGCCUUUAACCUAUAGCCCAACUAAAGAACUGGAUCAGAAACAACCUCAUAUUUUCCCUGUGUGUGCUGUUACUCGUUCUAAGCUAUAUAAGAAAUCUUCCUUAGAAAAAGAAAAUCCAGUUGAUAAUUUGAUCUCACAAGAGAUCACACGAAGUAAAUUAAUUGCAGCUCAAAACGAUGACCCCUCUCUUGCUAAAUGCAGACAUGUUGCCUCAGACAGUCUUAAAGAUCAAAAGGUCCCUGGUUUUUAUUAUCAUGACGGACUAUUAAUGAGAGUAUUCCGUCCUCCUGAACUCCGUGCUUUAGAUACAUGGUCAGAAGUACAUCAAGUUGUAAUUCCGUUGUCAGUUCGGAAAUCAGUCAUGACACUUGCACAUGAUGGUUUAGCAGGUCACUUAGGUAUUCAAAAAACAUACAAGAAAAUACUUCAAAAUUUCUAUUGGCCAGGUAUGAAGAAAGAUGUUACACUAUUUAUCAGGUCUUGCCAUGUGUGUCAAGUUGGGGGAAAACCCAAUCAAAUAAUUCCAAGAGCUCCUUUACAUCCUAUUCGAGUAGACUCAGAUCCAUUUGAAAGAAUUGUAAUUGACUGUGUAGGACCACUGCCUAAAACAAAGAAAGGGAACCAUUAUCUCUUUACAAUUAUGGAUACUGCUACAAGAUAUCCAGAGGUUUACCCUUUAAAGAAUAUUUCUGCCAAUUCCAUUGUAAAAUUCUUAGAACUGUUAGGUAUCUCGCAACAAAUGUCAACAGCUUAUCAUCCCCAAUCACAAGGUUGCCUUGAAAGAUUUCACCAGACCUUAAAAUCUAUGCUUAAAAAGUAUUGCUUAGAAACAGGGAAUUCCUGGGAUGAGAACAUUCAUUUUCUUCUGUUUGCCCUGAGGGAAUGUCCACAAGAAUCCCUUGGAUAUUCUCCAUUUGAAUUACUAUAUGGAAGACAGAUUAGAGGUCCACUUAAAGUUCUUAAAGAUCAGUGGUUUUCAGACUCUUCAGCUCCCCCUAAUCAAACAGUGGCAUCUUACAUAGAUAAUCUUAGAGCUAAGUUAUCAGAGGCAAGAAAAUUGGCUCUCUCUAAUCUUCAUAACGUUCAAAUCAAAAUGAAGUCUUCUCAUGAUUUAAAAUCACAAACUCGAGUAUUCUCUCCAGGAGACAAGGUUUUACUGUUCCUUCCAAUUCCAGGAAACCCUCUUAAGAGCAAAUUCAUUGGGCCUUAUGUUGUUUCUCAUAAAGUUUCUGAUUACAAUUAUGUAGUUCAAACUCCUGAUAGACGUAAAGAUACCCAGUUGGUACAUAUCAACUUAAUCAAAUCGUAUAUUGACAGGCAGCCAAAGGAGGACUUUGCCAAAGGCAAAUCUAUUGCAUGUAUGAUUCCUCAGGAAUCUCCCAUAACUUCUAUGUCUAACGAGUAUAUUGAGGAGACUGAUUACAUAGAAAUCCCAGGUCCUCAUAAUCCACAUAACUCUGAGAUAAUAGCUAAUCUUCAUAAAUAUUUAAAUUACUUGCCUGCUUCAAAGUUAAAUGAUGUAUAUCUAAUACUGAAAGAUUUUCCUCAGGUAACAGCUGAUAACCCAGGGUUUUGUGGCCAUACUCUACAUGAUGUUGAACUCACUCCCGAGGUAAGACCCAUUAGGCAAAGUUCAUAUAGACUCAGUCCAGAGAAGAAAGCUGUUAUGAAGAAGGAAGUAGAUUAUCUACUUGAUCAUGGUUUAGCUGAACCAAGUAACUCUCCAUGGGCUUCACCCUCACUGCUAGUGCCAAAACCUGACGGUACCAGUAGAUUAUGUACAGACUACCGAAAGUUAAAUAAAGUAACUAUACCUGACUCCUAUCCUCUUCCUUUAAUUGAAGAACUUGUAGACUCGAUAGGACAAGCCAAAUUCAUAACCAAAAUUGAUAUGCAGAAAGGUUACUAUCAAAUAGGAUUAACAGAUAAUGCUAAAGUCAUAUCUGCUUUUAUAACUCCUUUUGGUUUAUAUAAUUAUACAGUAAUGCCUUUUGGGAUGUGUAAUGCACCAGCCACCUUUCAACGAGCAAUCAAUUAUACCAUUCAGGGUCUUGAAGGUGUUAAAUCUUAUUUAGAUGAUUUACUUGUUAUCUCCAACUCAUGGGAUGUUCAUAUCCGUAGGCUACGCUCUCUGUUCUCCCGCUUAGACGAAGCUGGAUUCACCAUCAACUUGGCCAAAUCUACUUUCUGCAGUGCCUCCGUGACCUACUUGGGACAUAUCGUGGGUCACGGACGAACGUUGCCCAAACAAGCAAACGUAGAAGCAAUCCAGGCAUACCCCACUCCAACAACUCGGAAAUCUCUCAUGAGGUUUUUGGGCAUGGUGGGAUUCUACAGACGCUUCUGCAGUAACUUCUCGUCUAUAGCUACGCCUCUAACGGAUAUGACCAGCUCUAAGUGUGCUUUCCAGUGGACUUCCGAGUGCGCUGAAGCUUUUGAUAAACUGAAGCUCUUCAUUUCUUCGGAACCGGUGCUGAGAACUCCCGAUUACUCUCGUCCUUUCAGUCUGCAGAUUGACGCUAGUGGCCAUGGUGUUGGAGCGGUGCUACUACAAGAGGAUGAAGAUACUCGGGUGAUGCAUCCAGUUUCAUACUUCUCGGCAAAGCUGAAAAAACAUCAAACACAAUACUCUACUAUAGAACGUGAGGCUUUAAGUUUGGUAUUAGCCCUGAAAAAGUUCGACUGCUACCUCCAUAGCCAUCAGCCUGUGGUGGUGUAUACAGACCACAACCCUCUAGUGUUCAUACAUCGGAUGCAGAAUCAAAAUCAACGCAUUCUUCGAUGGUCUCUUCUACUUCAACAGUACAACCUCGUCGUCAAAUAUAUCAAGGGAGUAGAUAACGUCAUCGCUGACAGUCUGUCAAGAGAAUUUCCAACGUCGGAAGAUUCCGCCGACGACCUCCUCGUUCGGCUUGACUCCUUCACCUUUUCUCGAUUUACACCCAAACGCUUUUUAAAUAAUUGGAUUCUUUGGGGUCCCCAAGUCCGAAUUUCGUCUCUGUAUCUAUCUUAA